GUCGCUACUAAAACUGAAACUUCAAAUGCUGUAACUACUUCAAUUUGUAAUAGCCCAAAAGUGAAUACUUGCAAUUUUUAUAAAGAAUGUUUGGAAAAUAAAUUUCAUUGUGGAACUAAUAGUUAUCCAAUUCAAUAUGGAGACAAAAAUUGCAACAAAUUUUUGAAUGCCUUGAAUCAGUUUAACGACCCUGGAAAAAAAUGGGUAACAGAUACAAUGCUUUGUCUUCAAAAUGCUCUAGUUUCUACCUAUAACAAUGAUAAAGCUACUUGCUCAGAAAUAGAAAACACUGCAUUUGAUUCUCAUGCAAGAUGUUAUGUUGAUUCUGGUAUAUGUAAUAUCCCAUUAGAUUGGAAAACUAUAUUUCAAGUUGUUGGUAUACAGGAUCUUGGAGGCAUGAAGAUAGUGCAAGGCAUUCAGCAAAUAAUACAAACAGUAGCUGGUUGUGCUAGCUUUACUAAAUGGUUUUCAUCAUGUGUCGGCUGUUUGGGAAACUGCUGGACCACCUAUCAAACAUGUUGGAAUAAUUGUAAUGGAAAUGGUCUUUGUUGGACAGCUUGCGCUGGUGAAUGGGAUGG